AUGAGUGCGCUCGAUUUUACUUCCAUCCUCGAUUUUCUGGAAACAGCCAACUUGACGGAGAUCAACUGGACAUGCAACAAUGGGGACUGCAUCACAGUUGAUGCAACAACUUGCCCUGGCACACUCAACAAAAGCGCCCUGCUCUAUACCCUGUCCUUCUUCUACAUCUUCAUAUUUGUCAUAGGGCUGGUGGCCAACUCCGUUGUGGUGUGGGUCAACCUCCAAGCCAAAAUGACCGGCUAUGAAACGCACCUCUACAUCUUCAAUUUGGCUAUUGCUGAUCUGUGCGUUGUCAUCACCCUUCCGGUUAUUUUCUUCCUGGCUUGCAUGAGCGUGGACCGCUACCUCUCGGUUGCCUAUUUCACCAACUCCAGCAGUCGCAAGAAGAAGAUAAUUCGGCGCUGCAUCUGCAUCCUAGUGUGGCUUCUUGCCUUCUGCGCCUCUCUCCCAGACACCUACUAUCUCAAGACGGUCUCUUCCAACAACGAAACCUAUUGCCGUCCCAUCUAUCCAGAGGAGAGCUUCAAGGAGUGGUUGAUUGGCAUGGAGCUCAUCUCCGUCGUCCUGGGCUUUCUUAUCCCUUUUCCCAUCAUUGCUCUCUUUUACUUCCUCCUUGCGAAGACCAUCUCCGCCUCCAGCGACCAAGAGAGGAAGAGCAACGGGAAGAUCAUUUUCUCCUACGUUGUCGUGUUUCUCGUCUGCUGGCUACCCUACCACGUAGCUGUCCUGCUGGACAUCUUCUACAGCCUUCACUUCAUACCUUUCAGUUGUCAGAUGGAGAAUUUCUUAUACGCCACUCUUCACAUCACUCAGUGUUUCUCUCUAGUCCACUGCUGCAUCAACCCCAUCCUGUACAGCUUCAUUAACCGCAGCUACAGAUACGAGCUCAUGAAAGCUUUUAUUUUCAAGUACUCUGCCAAAACUGGUCUCACUAAACUUAUCGAUGCUUCCCGAGUGUCAGAAGCAGAAUACUCUGCUCUGGAGCAAAAUGCCAAAUGA